AUGUUCUACUGGUUCGUGGAGUCCCAGCAUGCCCCGGCGACGGACCCCGUGAUCCUCUGGACGAACGGCGGGCCCGGGUGCUCUGGGCUCGGCGGCUUCCUUGGCGAGAACGGCCCCUUCCGCGUCGGCCCGGGGGGCAGGGAGCUCACCAGCAACGACCACGCAUGGAACAAGGUGGCCAACAUGGUUUUCAUCGAGCAGCCUUACGCCCAGCAGGACUUCUUCAUCUCGUCGGAGUCCUACGGCGGGCACUAUAUGCCCACCCUCGCCCAGAGCCUGCGGGCCGCCAAGGACCGGGGGAGGAGGGCCAGGUGCGACUUCCUGCGGCGCUCCCGCCCUUUCCGCGGCAUAUUCCUCGGCAACCCGCUGACCUACAUGCCUUACCGGAACCACGGCCAGUACGGCACGGCCUGGGGGCACCAGCUCCUGCCCGCGCCCCUGUGGAGGCGCUACGAGUCCGCGGGCUGCGCGACGAGCUUCCCCAACAUCACCGGGGAGAUGGACCUCAUCCUCGGCGGCUUCGACGCCUACGCCCUCGACUUCGACAAGUGCGGCACGCCCGCGGCGGCUGGCCGGCACGAGCGCCGUCAGCUGCGCCGCGCCGUGCUGCGGGCUUCCAGGGCGGCCUCCGAGGGUGCAGGGGCGCCGGCGCUCGAGGCCGAGGGCCCGUACGAGCCCUGCAUCCAGGACUUCCUGCACGAGUACCUCAACCGCGAGGAUGUCCAGACCGCCAUCCACGUGAAGCCCGGCGCCAAGUGGGGCAUGUGUUCCGACUCGGUCAGCGAUGCCUACGACCUGAACGACGUGAACGCCCCGAUGAUGCCGAUCUGGCAGGAGCUCAUCGAGGGCGGUGGCCUGAACAUCAUGAUCUAUUCUGGCGACGACGACUCCGUGUGUGCGACCCUAGGUAGCCAGCAGUUCGUCUGGGACCUCGGCUACGGCGCCAAGCCUGGCAAGGCUUGGCAGGCUUGGAAGGUGUCCGACCAGGUAGCUGGUUUCGUCACCGAUUUCGCGGUGCCCAGCCUGGGUGCUUUCCGCUUCGCCACCGUUCACGGCGCCGGUCACAUGGUGCCUGCCACCCAGCCCGCCAGGUCAUUGGCAUUAUUACAGGCGUUCCUUGCGAAGACCGAGGACGUUGCAAAGCCCACGGUGGUGGUGUGA